UGGUUUAUUCUUACCAUGGAAACAGGUGAUCGAACGUUUACAAGCAACUAAUACACCAUCUCUCCAUAUUGCAGUUACGUCUUACUGGUAUCUUCUCGACAGUCUCGUAGUGACGAAAGAUGAAGCAGCUGAAAAAGCAGCCAAAGGUGUUGUCUUUUUUAAAAGACGUGCACGACAAUUAUUAAAAGCAAUGUUCUCUUUGCACGAUCUACAUUGGGUCGCUGCAGUACUCAAUCCACAUACAAGAAUGCUCAAACAUGCUACUGAUGUUGAACGUGCACAUGCAUACUGUCUUGUGCGAGCUAGAAUAGCUAAACUUAUGGAAAUAGCACGGAUUGAUAAUAAUGAAGAAGUACUUUCUUCAACAACUACUAGUUUAACACCACCACCUCGCAAAAAGUUCAAGUCCUACACAACACAAUUUCAUGAUGACACAGAUUUAGGUGAAACAAGUAGUAAUAUGACAAUUGUAAAACGUGCUCGUCGUGAAUUGGAAAUCUAUUUGCAACUGAAUUUAACUAAUUGUAAAUAUUUACUUGAUGAUAUUGAUAAUCCACUAUUGUUCUGGAAAGAACAAGAACAUGUACUACCCAAUAUGUCAAGAUUAGCAAAACAAAUUUUUUCCAUUCCUGCCUCUUCAGCUGCAGUUGAACGUGCAUUUAGUUCAGCUGGUAUUAUCAUAUCACAGAGAAGGACCAAUAUCAAUCCAUCUACAGAUGAACAUAAAAUUUCAAUAAAUGAAGUUUAUCGAAGAUAUGGAACAAGUCCUGCUAUGGGUCUCUCAGAAGAACGAGCAUCUGUUCUUCUUGAACAUGAUGGCUCAAAUGAUUUAACACCAGUUCGAAGAACAUCUGAAAUAGUUCGUUUA